CACACAUUCUGAUCGUCUUAAUCAGCCAAACUCUCUUUCUAUCUCACCUCCGUCUUCUGUUUUUCUCCUUCAUUUUUUAUGUCCAAACCGACACACAACUGAGAGGAGGAGGAGGGAGCUAGAGAGAGAGAGAGAGAGAGGUUCAUCUUACUGUUUAUCUUGUUCUGUAGAUCUUAUGUUCAAACUGCCACUCAACUGAGAGGAAGAGGGAGAGCCAUGAGAGCAGGCGGCAGCAGCCUACAUCAGGCACUCACUCCAGAGGCAUGCAGCAUAGUGAAGCAAUCAGUCCUGCUCGCCAAGAGGAGAGGUCACGCCCAAGUGACCCCCCUCCAUGUAGCCAGCACCAUGCUCUCCUCCUCCACCGGCCUCUUCCGCACUGCAUGCGCGCAGUCCCACCCCCAUCCCCUCCAGUGCAAGGCCCUCGAGCUCUGCUUCAACGUCGCCCUCAACCGCCUCCCCUCCGCCGCCGCCGCAGCCGCCGCGGCCACCACUGCUGUCGGCAACUCCCCCCACUUCCACCACCAUCUCCAUCCCUACCAUCCUUCCCUCUCCAACGCCUUGGUUGCUGCCUUCAAACGAGCCCAGGCGCACCAGAGGCGCGGCUCCAUUGAGAAUCAGCAGCAGCCGUUACUUGCAGUAAAGGUGGAGGUAGAGCAGCUCAUAGUCUCCAUCUUGGACGAUCCUAGCGUCAGUAGGGUAAUGAGAGAGGCCGGUUUCUCCAGCACCCAAGUGAAGAAUAAUGUGGAGAUCGCAAUCUCCCUUGACAAUCGCACCAACUCCUCUCUUUCUAAGCCUAAGGAGACAAAUUUAUGUGCACCCGUCUUGAAUUCUAGCUUCAAAUCUCAUUCAUUCUCUGGUCUGGAGCAUGCAAAAAACGAGGACGUAGUUUGCCUUGUGGAAACACUCCUGAGGAGGAGAAGAAAGAGUACUGUUAUUGUGGGGGAAUGUCUUAUAACCGCAGAGGGUGUGGUGAGGGAACUGAUGGGUAGAAUUGAGAAGGGUGAGGUUCCUGACGAACUGAACGCCGUUCAGUUUUUAACAUUUCCACUUUUCACGUUUGGUCAUUUGUGCAAGGAAGAUGUUGAUCGGAGGCUUGGGGAGCUAAGGUGUUUGUUGAAGAGGUAUAUGGAAAGAGGGGCUAUAUUGUAUGUGGGAGACCUGAAAUGGGCAGCAGAAUUUAGAGAGAGCUACAGUUGUGAAAGAAGGAAGUAUUUUUGCCCCGUAGAGUACGUAGUGUUUGAGAUUGGGAGAUUAGUGUCUGAUUUUGUUGAGACUGGGAGAUUUUGGCUGCUAGCAAUUUCAAGCUAUCAAACUUUUAUGAGAUGUAAGACGGGUCAUCCUUCUUUGGAAGCUUUAUGGGGACUCCACCCUCUCACCAUUCCCUCGGGAAGCUUGGCGCUGAGUCUCAAUUCAGACAGUGGCAGAAGCCAUGAAGGCAGCUUUGAGAAGCCGCUCACUUGUUGCGCAGAGUGCCUAAGUAAAUUUGAUUUGGAUGUUCAAGGAUUAGCUAGAACUACCUCUGGCCCCUCCACCAGCUCUAACUUGCCUUUAUGGCUGCAGAGAUGCAAAGACGAGAAUAAAGAUGUCAGUAGUAAUGAUUGUCUGGAUCAGUUCCAAGUUACAGAACUCUGCAGGAAAUGGAACGGAAUAUGCAAUUCUUCUCACAAGCCGCAACUUCAGGCCCAGUCAGAGACCACGAUGAGUUUCUUGAUCAGCUGGAACAAGAAUGAUCAGGCCCCAGUAAACCACUCAUUGGAGCAACACGCCUUCGGCACAUCGAAGGCCGAAACCAUCUUCUUGGAUCUCCCCGGCUCCGACUGUUCCAGCCCCAACUCAAAUCCCUUUACAGAUAUGAGGUUCAAUCAGUUCAAUGCUGAAGGCCUCAAGAGCCUCUGCACUGCACUCGAGCAGAAGGCUGCAUGGCAGAAAGACAUCAUUCCUGAAAUCGCAAGCGUGUUAUUGCAGUGCAGAUCAGGAAUGCUUAGAAGAAAAAGCACAAGAACCAAGGAAAAGAAAGAGGACACUUGCUUGCUGUUUGAAGGAACAGAUACAGAAGGGAAGGAAAUAGUAGCAAGGGAGUUAGCUAACCAGAUUUUCUGCUCGGAAAACAGCUUCACGUCGAUUGGGCUGAGCUGCUUCUCCUCGUUUGGAGCUGAAUCAACUGAUGGUUUAAGAGGGAAAAGGUCCAGAGAAGAAUCAGGAAGCAAUUACUUUGAGAAAUUUUGUGAAGCUAUACAUUUCAACCCACAUAGGGUGAUAUUCUUAGAAGACAUAGAGCAGGUGGACUAUCACACUCUGGCGAAAAUAAUGGAGAGCAUAGAGAGGGGGAAGGUGACUUGUCCUGAUGGUGAUGAGGUCAGUCUGAGAGAUGCCAUCAUCAUACUAAGCUGUGAGAAGCUUAAGUGCACAUCCAGAGAUUGCUCCCCAAGUGUGAAGCAGAAGAUGGGGACAAACGAUGAGAUGGAUGAGGAGAAGAGCAGCAGUGAGAAGGAAGAGGCGAGUCCGUACUUUCCUCUGGACUUGAAUCUGUCUGCGGAAGACAAUGAGAGUGUGGAAAUGUGCUGUGAGGUGGAGUUGGAGAAAUGUGUAGAUAGGAGUUUUGUUUUCCACAGAGAAAAAGAUGAGCAAUAUGUACCAUAAACUUUUUUCCUCUUUCCUUCUCAUUCUUUCGCUUUUUCUUUGAUGGGAACUGUGGAUUGGUUUUAGCAUGUAAAAAUUGGCUAGUGGACCGUGGGAUUUAAA